AUGAGACACCACCGAUGGCUCGAAAGACUCUCUCUGGUGAUAUCAACACUGUUUCUACAGUCCAUCUUUCUAAAUUUUCGUACUUCGAGCUACCUGGACUUCCUUCCGGCUUCUCAAUCGAACAAUUUCUCUGGCAAUCAUUAUGUCAGUCCUCUUUCGUCAUCGACAUCAACUGUUGGCAGGCCCACUUUUCUCCCUCGGACCCUUCCCAACUUCACUGCCGAAGAAGGAUAUGAUCCAAUCGAUACGCCAAUGGUGAUGGAUGCAGCAGUUAUAUCGCAAUAUCGCAAGCAUCACAGUCUGGGGGAUAAACCGCUUGUUUAUUUCAUUACCCCGACCUAUCGUCGACCGACGCAACUUUUGGAUUUGGUGCAAGUGAGUCAAUCCAUACAACACGACAAGGCAACCUAUUGGAUUGUUGUGGAAGACGCCAGUCACGGAAGCAAGCGAGUCCGAGAUUUGCUGGAACGAAGCGGAAUGCUCUUUGCUCAUUUGGCCGUGAACUCGCCGGAAGCACCCAAGAAACUGUCGAAGCAAAAGAUGAAGGCUAUGAAUGCUCCACGGGGGGUCUUGCAACGGAACUUGGGCAUCGACACAGUGGAAUCGUUGGGAGUACCUGGGGUCAUAUACUUUGGUGAUGAUGACAACAAGUAUGAUGCUCGCCUUAUGGAAGCAAUCCGAUACAGCCGUGGAGUUGGCAUAUUUAGUGUUGGGUUUCGAGCAGAAGCACUAUACUGUCGCUGCAAAGUGGAUCCGAUGACAGGAAAAGUGACAGGAACGACCAAUCGAUGGUUCAAAAACAAGGUGAACUACGCCAUGGACAUGGCUGGCUUUUGCGUCAAUAGUGAGUUGGUCCGAGAAAAACACGCUCGUUUCCUUCAAGACUCGCCACCCGGAAAGAUUGAGCACAUGUUCCUCCAACAACUCGUGGAAGAUGUCACUGACAUGGAACCAUUGCUGAACAAUUGCACAUUGAUAUACUCGUGGCACGUCAAGACGGUAGUGGGAAAACCUCCCAAACCAAAGGAUAGUUGGGAUCCAGCAUGGAAACAAAUACGACCCGGGGUUUAG